AUGAGACAAGGUUGGUCUCUGUUAGCCCUAGCGGGUCUAGCAGUCGCCUCGCGAUCAUGGGGAUCAUACCCCACAUACCGAAACGCCGCUGCCUACAGCACUGGCUACUCCCAGGCCGUCAGGAUCACCGAUGCCGGCUCUUUUGUCCGCGAGGUCACCAUGACUGACGCCGAGAUCUUCUGUACUUGCGCCGGCGCUCCCCCACCACCAGUAGUUGAGAAGCCCGUCUUCUACCUCUACGUCAUCGCUCCUUCCACCGACAACAGCGACCGAGUCUCCGAUUGGACCAUUCAGUUCAUGAAGGACUUCGCCGCCAACAACCAGCGAGCCCAGUACGACAUCAAAGUCCUCCUCGUCCACAAGAACGAUCGAGGUGACAACGAUGUCCGAUACACCUGCACCGCCUCGUACGACUACCAGGUCACCGAGAUCUCCAUGAACAUUGCCGCUCAAGGCAGUUACGCCUGGGAAGAUGAUGUCAAAGAAAAAAUCUCGAAAUUCGGCGGAAACGAUUGCCACAUCAUCGCUCAGAAGGUCAUGAUCGACCAUUUCAACAGCCAACAAGAGGAGUCGAAAUUUGCCCUCGUCUACACCACCAUGGAGAAGCUAACUGACAACUACGACAGAUACUACCUUCAGUCUAAUGCUCGCAAGGGCAUGAAAUUCUUGGCUUCUCAGGGUCAACGAGAUGCGUUCUACAAUGCUGUCAACACCUUCAACCUUGCUGACUCCGCUUUUGUUGUUGCUGGCAACAAUCCAAUCAAGGAUAAAUAUCUCGCGGAUCGACUUGAUGAGGACUCUCAGCUUUUCCGAGGAUUCCUUGCUAAAUGGGCCAACGCUCCAACUCUCAAUGUCAACCACAACUGCGACUACAGAGGUGUCACCAGCAACGCUGAAUGGAACCCACAGCGAUUCCUUAACGUCGCUAACCGUCAACGAUGCCCACUUGUCGAUAAUCCAAGCAUCCAGUCACCCGACGCAGCCAGAUAUGACAACUACAUGACGGUCACUACCUCUUCCAUUGUUUCUGGAUUCCUCACAACUAUCGACGCCAUCAAUGGCCGAGCUCAGAGCAACCCACAGCCUGUUCCUUACACCAACUCAUGGGACUUCGGCUCCAGUGGCAAAAUUCAGACUCUCGAAGAUGGCGUCAACUGUCAGUAUGACUUGAUCAUUGCCAUCGAUCUCGAUUGUGUCAACGAGCAGGAGACCCCAGCCAUGCAGAGCUUCGCUACCGAGUUAAUCGACCAAAUCUUCUCCCAUCGAGAAUACGUCGAAAAAGGCUUCAUCCGAGUCGGAAUCAUUGGUUUCCACAAUUCUCUCCACAUUGGAAUGCCGCUCUUUGAAAUGUCUUUCGUUAAGUUCCAACAGAAUAAUGAAGGCUACAAAAAGGCUACUCUUGCGAUCAAGACUCUCAUUUCAAUUGCCCGAAACAAGGCAAAUCAGGAAUCCGCUAGCUUCACCCAAAUGUUCUCCCUCAUCCCAACCCUCUUCGACGCCCGAAACCACAAGAGCCGACAGCUCAUCAUUGUCACCAACGCCGGUCCAGGCCUUCGAUACCCAGGCUGGAGCCAGUACGCUCUUGCCGAUCUUGAGAGAAUGCGAAACGAGCUCUACCGCGGUAUUCAAGUCACUGCUAUUGCUGUCAAUGCUGAACCUUGCCGAGGCGGCUACGGCACCUGGAACGAAGAUUGCUUUUUCACCGAAGCUCUUAUGAAGAUCGAUAGCUCUUUCAACAUUCGAAGAAGCCUGAUGGGCGCCCAAAAGUCGCAGUGGGGCACUUUCUACAGCCGAAUGAUCACCAGCAUGCACAGCGAAAUCGGAACCAUCAUCGCCGAGAUGAAAUGCGAACCUGCCAAGCCUGACCCUAUUCCAUGCGCUUGCGCCGCCCGAGCUGAACUUUGCGCCGACAUCGACAAAUCUGAACCCGGACCUGAUGGACCUCAAGGCCCUCGAGGAGCACAAGGACCACCUGGGCCAGCUGGUCUCAGUGGACGACCUGGACCCCCCGGAAAGCCCGCUGGACCCGGACGACCUGGACGACCCGGCCCACAUGGUCCACGUGGACCCCCCGGUGCUCGAGGAAAGCCCGCUGAAGCUGGAAGCCCUGGUAAGCCUGGUGUUCCCGGCAGUCCUGGUCUCCCUGGACGCGCUGGUGAGCCUGGCGCUGACGGACCUCGUGGAUCUCCAGGAAGCCCCGGCCUUCCUGGCAAGCCUGGUGAUGCUGGACCCCGCGGACCCCCUGGAAACGCUGGCCCUCGAGGACCUCAAGGACCAUGUGGACCUGCUGGUGAGCCUGGCUCCCCUGGUGCGCCUGGUGCUGACAUGACUAUUGCUGAACUUGAACAGAUGGAGAGACAAAUCGAGGCCGACAUUGAGCAACGAGCUGAUCGCUUCUUUGCCAAUCCUGAAAAUGUUAAGAAAGUCAGCGCUAUCGCCCGCACUACAACUAUUGAACAAGGCUGGUGCAGCUGCAACAGUGACAAUUGCUCCUGUGGAACAACAACUACUACCACAACCACUACGACAACAACCACCACACGUGGACCAAAGACAGAGGUAUGCGUUGACUGCACCAACCGACACGUCAUCGUCUAUGUCGACAACUCUGAGUCGAUGACUGAUGAUGAAGAAAAGGUCGAAACUGUCAAUAACAUCAUUGGAACAUGGACUCAAUCUUCAUUGGAAGAAUUCGAUUCCAAGACUGGCGAUAGCUAUCAGAGCCCAGAAGUACUUGUCACCAAGUUCAGUGGUCGUCUUCAAGUGAAUGCCCGCGUACAUGUCGCCGGAAAUCAUCAAGCUUCAUUCAAUUCUCAUAACAUGAUGACUCCAAAAUGGAGAUGGGGACUUGACAGGCCUGAAUCUCUUCCCAUCAGCCGUGUUCGAGAUCAUACCAUCCAAUUCUACAAGAAUGGUGAUAGCAUUCCAAAUGAUCUCCAAUGGGAUUGGAAUAGAAAAGAGUACCAAUGGCAGAGUCGCAAAGCUGAGACUGGAGUCGGAACUUCUUACUUCUACCAUGGUCUUUAUGAUCUUCACAAUUUCCUUGCUGAUCCCGCUACAAACUGGAAUGGAGACCUCAAGGCAACAAUCGUGGUCAUUACCGACGGAGAAAAAUUCGAUGAUACUCCAAAGGUCUGGGCUGAUCAAGAUGAUGCCGACUGGGAAGAGCUCAUGGGUCAAACCGAUCGAAGACUUCGACGACAGCGACGAGUUGUUCCACCAAUGCAGGUUAAUGAGGUCUGCACCCUCUUCAGCAAGCUGAACAGAUAUGUCAACAAAAUGAUCUUCAUCCACGCUUUCGACGAAGACGUUAAUCUUCACAAUGGUGAAGCAAAAUCGCACUUCGUCAUGAAACGAUUGUUCGACAAGCACUUGGCAACCUGCAGCGUAGGAUCCAACAAUAUCCAAUUCGAAAUCAACUUCCCGCAAGUCAAAGGAGAAAGUAUUAACCAGCUCCAGAAGCAUGUCCAGGGACUGGCUGACUGCAACUUUGGAAUCGACUCUCUCGUUUGCUGCACCAAACUCGAUGUCACUUUCGGCAAUCAAGUAAUUACUCUUUACCGACAGCAGGGUGGUCAAUGCCGAACCAAUGUCAAAUACAGCAGCCGAAGCGGAGAGUACACCCUUCGAUGGUAUGGAAAUGAUCCAUAUUCCGAGGGCUGGGUUGUCGAAAAAUGGAUGCCUGGACGAAACUGGGAACCUAUUGAUUCCUGGCGUCUUGCUGGCAAUCAUGGUAACAGUGUCUCGAUCAGAGAUCAGCAAUCCUGCUGCCCGAUCAACAACGAUGAGGGCAAGGCGUUCUUCGCACGCGGUGUCACAGCUGAAUGCAACGCUCAACGAAGUGUCGACGAAACUUAUUGCCUCAGUCAGUUCGUUGAAAACUAA